CAUAAGUCUGAUUUGGAUUGUGCACAACAUCCGUAAUUUGAACCGUGCGAUAAAGUACUAACAUAGUUCUAUCUUUCUAAUAAAAAUGUCUCCUUCCCCUUGUACAGAUAAUGUCCAGAAAACAAGAGGUCCAAAAUACUGGAAGCCUGCGCAACUAAAAUUCUGGUCCUGAAGAGCCCCCUUUCUCCCUUGGUUCCCUUGAUUGUUUUCCAACCCAUACAAUGCAAACACAUGCUUCCACUGUCAUGAAAAGAUGAUUGCCCUCAAAUUCAUUCAUCCUUCCACUCCUACCAAUAUCAAGUAUAAUAUCCACAGCAGCAGAAUCCUCAACACAAAAGGUUAUACUAUAUGUCUCUGCAAGUCCAAUGAAUCUGAUUCUCAAGCUCCCCAACCAGGAGAUAUACGUAAACAAGAACUGCUAGCACAAAUUGCCAUUCUUCAAACUCAAAAAGUCCGACUCACAAAUUAUCUAGACGAUAGAUCUGCAUAUUUAGCCAAAUUUGGUGAAGAAGCCAAGGCUGAGUUUGACAAGAUUGGAGAAGAUGCCCUCCAAGAAUUAGAUGAAGCUAGUGCCAGAAUAACAGCAAACAUAGAGAGCCAGAAGGUAGAGUUUGAGGAAUCUGCAGAACUCUUCAGACAAGAGAUUAAGGAGCGCGAAAAGGAACUGCAUGAAUUUGAAGUUCAAAUGGAGGAUGGAAGAAACGAAGGGCUAUUCUUUAAGAACCUUAGAAAGAAAGCACCUGUUGACAUAGCAAAAGCUAAAGAGGAGGCGGAAAAAAUAAAAAAUGUAACCAGAGAAAAAGCUGGUAGCAGAACAAGAAAAGGCAUUUACCUCUUCUUUAUUGGCCUUCUUACCUUUGCAAUAGUUGAUUCUAUUGCCUCACCAUCAACUGAUUGGAGGAAGGAAGCAGUUCUUGGAGCUAUUGUUCUGGCUUUAGUUUCUCAGCUCAUCUAUGAACAGUCGAUGUCAUCAGAAACUGGAAAAAUAAGAAAGGCCAAUACUGAAGAGAAAAAGAACUGAAGUUCAAUUUUUUACUGAGAUUGACUGCGAGUUUCUGGGAAAUACAAUUAUUAAAGGAUAUUGCAUGAGCAAUAAACCCAGGUGGAAGCUUAUAACUUGGGCCUGAUAACAUCAUGCAGCUUUGUUUUGGCAUCAACAACAACAGAUAUUGGUUAUAUAACUACAAUCACCAAAAUCUGGGCAACUGGGUUACCGUGCGAUGCUUUUCUUUCAUAUCUUUUGUUAAAACAGAAAAACAUACUUUUAUCAUCAUCCUAGCUUUUAGAAAUGUACAUUUGGAAGCUAACUUGUAUCUCUGUAUCUCCUGUCAUAUAAACAAUUAACGAGAACUAAUAACUACAAAAUGUUACUAAUUUCUGUACAGCUUAACAGCAUGGCUAAUCAAUUAGAAAAGUAUAGUAAUUGCUGCCUGAAAUUCCCAAUAAGGCCUGAGGCAGAUAAAUAUCCCAAAAAUCCAAACAAAUUACCCUUUUCUGUUCAGUCAACUCCAAAAUUUAGGCAUCCUAGAGACAAGCUGCAUUGCACCCAAGUACCUAAUACCGUAAUGUGCCUGUGUAUUAGAUGUAGUCCAUCGCCAGCAGCUGUUUGCCC